AUGGCCACAACCCAGACGCGCAACACGCAGCUGGGCGUGCGCAUCGAGGGGCUGGGGGCGCAGCUGGACGGCCUCCGCGGCGCGCUGGCGGGGCGCGAGGCUGAGCUGUCAGAGGCGCGGGCGGCCCUGGUGGAGAAGGAUGGCGGCCUCAGGCGCUGGGAGGCGCAGGUGCGGGAGCUCGAGGCGCGCCUGGUGGCGGCCGCGGGGGAGCGGCAGGCCUUGGAGGAGCGGCUGAGCGCCGAGCAGGCUGCGUCCGCCGCCGCGUCGCGUGCGGCCGGCGACGCGGAGCAGCGGCUGGCCGCCAAGAAGCGCGGCUUCGCGCUGCUGCGGGCGGACUUUGCCGCCCAGAGGGUGGAAGUCGAGGAGGUGGCGCGCGCCAACGGGAAGCUGCUGGCCAGGGUGGCGGAUCUGCAGCGGGAGCUGGCGGCGGCGAGCCAGAUCUCAGCCAAGGCGUCCGCCUGGCGCUCAGCCAGCGAAGCCGCGCAGAUGCGAGUGGAAGAUCUCGAGGCGGACCUCUCCCGGCAGGCCGAGAGGCGCGGGGAUCUCGUGGCGGCGUACUGGCCCGUGAUGGCGCGGCUUCGCGCCGCGGAGCGCGCGGCGCGCGCGCUCGAGGCGCAGCUGCGCGGCGCGGGGCUCGAGCCGGCGGCGGCGCUGCCGCACGCGUUGCCGGGGGAGGACGCGGCGGCGGCGGCGCUGGAGGCGGCCGCAAGCGGCCUGGGAGAGGCUGCGUCCGGCGCUGGCGCGAGGGGCGGCCCGGCUGCUGUGGCGGCAGAUCAGCCGCGGGCAAAGGGCCAUGAGUCAGCAGCGGAAGGCUCAGCAGUGGGCGCCAGCUGUGCUGGUGAGGGGGUGAACCCAGUGUCAGACUCCCUACAGCAGCAGCAGCAGCAGCAGCAGCAGGAGGAGUCCAGCAGCGAGAGCUCAAGCGGCGGGGGCGGCGACGUCUCAGGCCAGGGGGAGGAGGGCGGCGCCUCGUCCCUGGAGGAGCAGCUGUCGGCGGCGCGGCAGGAGCACGAGCGGCUGGCGCGCGCGUGGCUGCUGCUGCAGGACGAGUACUGGCGCCAGAAGGAGCGGGGGAUGGCGCUGGAGAUCGAGGCGGGGCAGCUGAGGGGAAGCUGGCGGGCGGCUGAGGAGAAGCUGGAGAAGGCUGUGGAGGAGGCGGCCGCGGCGCGCGCGGCGGCGGGCGAGUCUGACGCGCUGCGGCGAAAGCUGGAGUGUGACCUGGUGGGGGUGAAGGCCUGGCUGAGGAGCAUGGAGGGCGCGGGGCAGGCCCACCUGGCGGCGCUGAGGGAGCUGGGGGCGCACCAGGAGGCGCGCGCCGCGGCGGAGGGCGCCCUCCGCGACGCGCGGCAGCGCGCGGCGUCCGCGUCGGCGGCGGCGGCGCUGGCGGCGGCGGAGGCCGCGUCCCUCGCGGCGGAGCGCGGGGAGCUGCUCAGGCGCGGCGAGCAGGAGCGGCGGCGCGCGGCGCGGGCGGAGCAGACUCGAUCCCAGUGA